AUGUCAUUUGGCUUGCAACGGUCAGCACGCAAAUUCAACUACUUUCAUGGCACCAACGACGACAAUUACGUCGUAAGCAACAACAUCAACAACAAUGACAAUAACUUUAAAAGUACCGACAUUAACUUCAACAACAACAACAAUGUUGACGACAAAUACUUAGCCAAUGGUAUUAGCAUAGCCAACAAAUCCAACAACAACAAAAUUAACGGAAAUAUCUACUACAUCAACAACCACAACAACAACAACAACAGAAACAUUAACCCUGGCAACAACAUUGAUGGCCUGAGACAGCAGGGAAACAGAUUAAAUAACGAUCAACUUCACAUCAUUAAUGAUGGCAGGGUCGCCGGUGCAAACAUCAACACGGACAAACGCAAUAGCAUCAAUUACAGCAGCAACAACAACAACAAUCUAAACAAUAAUGACACUAAUGGCAAUAACAAACGUAUGAACAACAAUCACGUGAACACUCAAGCAAAUAACCAAAACGUCAACAACUACUUGAAUGACAUCAACAACAAUACCAAAAACAGCAACAUUAACGACAAUAACAUCAUCAACAACAACAACAACAAGACAAGACUCGCUGACGUCAUCAUAACGUUUGGUUGGACUUAUCACGCAAGAACAAUUUCCGCAAUCAUCAUCAUCACGGCUUGCCUGCCAUUGGCUAUUUCAAAAUUAUGUCAAAGACACACUUUAAGGUUGCUAUUGGAAACGGAAAAGAGCCCAGCCAUCAUCCUCAUCUUCAUCAUCGUCAACACAACCUAA